UAGAGGAAGUGCUGCCCCAGUAGAGCGAGGAUCUUUAGUGAUCAGUUUCAAACGCGUUCUAGCGUCGCUUCAAUGAACGCGCCAGCAUCGAUGUCAUUCGUCGGCGCUUCAUUUCUGCACGAUCCGCGGCGCGCGCGUUGGAAAAACUGUAUCUUGCCAAAAAAUGAAAUGGAAAUCUACUAGUACAUUUUACACACAGCAAAAGUGCUUCUUCGUGCGCUGACUUGGUCGCUAUUUUCUCUUCCGUCUUUCUGUGAGCUCGAAUGUCAGUGGAAUAAUUAGAAAUAGAGCGUUUGCUUUAACUCCCUUCUUCGGUCUCGUAACGUCAACGACGUCUCCUCUCUUUUUUUCGCUCUUGGCUGGAGGUUCACUGGAAUAUAAGCGCAGUGAGUUUGAGAAGCGGCAUUCCUCGCGCUGCGCUCGAGACGUGUGCGGAUCUAGCAACGGCCAAUCCAUGUAAUAUCUCCACAUCACCGCGCGCGCUGGACGUCGCUGACAGCUCUUACUAUUAAGUUAACAGAUAACGUUUUUAUGAGUCAUAACCAAUGAAUGUGGAACUAAAUAAUACAAUUUUCCUUAAAAAAAUGUUUUUUAAAUGAGAGAACUCACAUCAACGCCAUGUGAAUGUGGCAUUUUUUGGAGACUUUUUUCUGUGAGAGGACGUUUUUUCCGUUACGAUGUACUACGAAUAACCGACUUUUCCCUGCUCGCGUUCGUGUUUAUCGCAUUUAAUAACGAUGGCCAACGAAAUUCGCUUUGACAAUCGGAAUAUUGUGGAGAAAUACAUCAAUAUCAAACUUUCAAAGAGGGGAUAUGUGUGGAAAUCUCAAUCUUCUGGGGAGGAUGAUGACACCGUCAAUAAAGGAAUCGAGGACUCCUCUCUAAACUCUGACAGGAGGCUCCAGGCUCCCUCAGCCGGCGGGGGGAACGACUCUGAAUGCCUGAUAGCUCACAGGGUCACUCGUUCAGACCCUUAUUCAAGGAUCUACCGGGCGCUACGCGAGGCUGGAGACGAGAUAGAAAGGAUGUACCAGCGCGAAUUUGAGGAGAUUUCCCACCGCUUUAUAUUCAGUACCAAUACAACGCAACGCAGAUUCUUAGCCGUUGCAGAAGAGCUCUUUAAAGACGGAGUGAACUGGGGGCGGAUCAUCGCUUUCUUUGAGUUUGGUGGGACCAUGUGUGUGGAGAGCGUCAACCGGGAAAUGGCGUCCCAGGUAGAUAAUAUUGCACACUGGAUGACAGACUACCUGAACGGGCCUCUGGAAAACUGGAUCGAGGAAAAUGGAGGCUGGGAAGCCUUCGUGGAGUUGUACGGUCAGCAGAGAGACUCUGUGUUCCACCCAUUUUCGUACCUAACAAAAGUACUUGGAAUGGCAGUGCUCGGCCUGGCAGGAGUGUACAUUGGAUCCUUUUUCGCUCAGAAGUGAUGGCUCUAUGGGUCACUUCACCAAACUAUCUCACUUUCUCUGUCUGUCUCUCCUCUUCAGCUUAUCAAAGCAUCUUUCAGUGCCACACUGCCCCGCUAAGCCCAGCACCAGUGCCCUUCAAAAGGCUGCAGCUGAUUUGACGCCCCUCCAGCCACAGGGGUUGUUGCGCUCAUGCGCCUUCACCCUUUCUGGUGUGAAAAAAAAUGCAAAGGAAAAAGAAUACAGAAUGAGGACUCCCAGGAACACUCGCACACUUUGACUAUGAAGCUCAUCACUGCCAUGUACAGCUGCACUCGCACAGAGAUCGACACGCAAAACACGUGCACACACAAAAACUCUUGCUCGCCUGCUUCAUAUGAAGGCAAACAAAAAACAAAUUGUAUCUUUAAAGUUUGUUUCUUAUGUACAAACCAAGCACAAAGAGAUUUUUAAACUUAAGACUCUGCUUUUUUAAAAUUUUAAUAUCAGUUUUUUUGGCAUUUUGUAGCAUGAAUCAAAAAAAAAAAAAGAAGAGUGGAAAAAAAGAACAUUUGCCGGCGUGAAUGUAAAUAACUUCUCCACUAUUUGCAUGUGUGGAGAACAAGACUCCUUUAGCUACUUUUUUAUUGCAUGAUGGCAUUUUGAACUCGACCACCCACCCCUUCUGUGUUGAUUCGGGGUGUUUUUGUGUUUGUUUAUUUCUGUCUUUCACUCCAUUGGAUGGACCUCUUGAGAUCUCCCGUCAAACCAACAGAUGUUGAGCAUUCCUCAUUAAAAAGUUCCUCUUUGAUUUGCUCUGUGUCUUACUGUUUGGUGAGCACAAAGAAUGUGCCGACAACCAAACCAGAGCAGUUAUCAUGAUAUAAUCGGGUCCUGGAGUUCACUGACCCAGAUUGCCCCUCUUGAAUGUAAAGACUGGAAAUUUGGUUUCCAAUUGUGUAUUGUUAUACAUAUGCAAUUAUAAUUUUUUUUUUGUAAAUAAUUUUGAUAGACAUUUCAAGGGUAUUGUGUACAUAUUAUGUCCGUGUACAUGUAGUGUGAGUAUAUGUAUAUCUAUAAAUAGAUAGUGUUGAGAGCUGGGCUUGGCUGUGUUCUGGUGGAGAAUGCAGGCAACCAAAUACUUCUGUCCAGCCCAGCCAGGUGUGUGUGCACAUCUGUAGAUGAAGCAGGCAGGUGGUAGCUGGGAACAGAAGUUCAUUCAGGCUGGCAUGAUAGGCAUGCAGGCCAGGGGGGCUUUGAAGAGACUUUGUACACAACGGACUAUGUGAUACACCGCCCAGGUGUAUCACUUAUCUCUCCUCACUGCCCCCAAUAUUAUCUUUCUGGCACGGUAGAUGACAGACGCCUUGUGAGCUGUAGAUUUUUGGAUGUCCCCACAACCAAAGAAAUCCAAUCCGUCUGCAUCAACUUCCGCCCCAGAAAGAUUCAUAUCUAGUGCUACCCCACAACUUCCACGUUAUAUUCCACUGGGAGAGUCGAGUUCUCAUUCAAAGGAAGAUACUGAGACACCAGCUUGUCCUAAUGUCUUUUUUUCCCCCUCAGAUGUUCAUUAAAGUAAUUGAUAUAGAUUUAGUGCUCUGUAUCUCCCUGUCAGGGCAAAAGCCCACUGAAACCAAACCGACUAUGGCUAACAAUAUUUCAAUAUUCAUCGAUGUCUAGUAAUUUUUAACAACUUUGACAGUUUGAAAUGUCUGUAAUAUAUGAGUCAAAUGCUGAAAUCUUGCAAAAACAGAAUAAAUUAAAUAGACCACAAGGUUGUGCAAAAGUUGAGAUUGGAAUUGGCAGCCUUUCAGUUCACCAGUGUGGAAUUGAAUUGAAUUAGCCACACCCUAGAACACAAUGAAUUGAAAUUUGACUUGGAAUUUGCUAAACUGUCCCAGCAAAAUCCUUUUUCUUAAAAAAAUACAUAAAAAAUGUAAAAUUCUAAUUUAAUUUGAAAUUCACACAACCCUGAUACAGUGUCUGCAGACUUCAGUCAAAGUGGAUGACUUAUUUAAUUUGGCGUGAACAAAAAAAUCGGCUGUGAAGGAUGAAAGUAAAUGGUUAUAUGUCUAAUUUACUUUUGUGGAAAGACAUAUUUCAGUAUUUUGUUGGCUAAACAGUCCUUGGUAUACGGCAUAAACAAACUACUUCUUUCCCUCACAGUCUCAUUUUCAUUCAAGUCAAUACUUUAAGGAUCCAAGGCAGGAUCGACUUGAUCUAGUCUAUCAACACAAUUCUCUCGAGUGUGUAGCGGUACAGAUUAAACAUUUGCUAUCUAAUAGUGUACUAUAUUGUUGCACCCUUUAUCGGGUGGUGCAGGACUAUAUCAGAAUAUGUUAAAGCGAGUUUUGAGGACUCACACUGUAAGAUCAUUUUAGUUAAGCUGCUAAAGAUCUAAGACAACAGGGUGUGGAGCUGAGCUUCUACCCGUUGCUGCACCAAAUGAAGCUGCUUGUGGAUGAACCACAUAUAACUGCCACUGCUGGAGCGGAACUAGUCCAUCCAUACCUUAAGUCUCACCUUACCUCUAGUUAGGAGAAGCUGAGAAGUCUAUUACAAUCUAUAUGCGCAUACUUGAGUCUAAGAGGCCUUGUGUAUUCAAUUAAAUAGCACCAAUCUGUGAUUUAUAUUCAUUAAGCGAUUAACAAAUGCAGUUUGUGUCAAAUUCCUCUGACGCAGUGCCUCUUCAACAUCAAGUGUAAUCGAGCAAUGAUUGUUUGGCGGGGAAAUUUUAUUUGACGUUUGACAAAGGCUACGUUCACCCUGCAGGGCUUAAUGCUCAAUUCCGAUUUUUUUUUAAAAAUUAGAUUUUUUUGCAUGGCCGUUCACAUUUCCAAUUAAAUGCAACCUUUUGUGAUCUCCUGUGCGAUGUGAAAUGACCCAGAAGUGACCCGCAUGCGCAGAAGAGUACUCAACGGUGAACGACGUCACUCGUUUGUUUGCGGAAGUAGCUAACGUUAAACAUGGAUUUUUGUAUUUGGCUUGGAGGCUUUUUAUUUUUCACUGGCAUUGGAGCCAGGAUCAUCUGUAACCUCGCUGGAAAUGUUUUCAUAAACCGCCCGGUUCCGAUAAGAGCCCUCGAGUUUGGCCUGAAUAGAGCGGUCAACCAAAAUAUUAAUUAAAUCUGUGACCUCGCUUCCCUUCCAUUGACUGGUCUCAGCAGCAUCGUCCACCAUGGUUGUUGUUUAUCUUCUCGUUCCCGCCUACUUCAACGCAGAAUUAUGACGUUUGUAGCGUAUCAAUGAUGUGCGGGUCGUAUACAUGUGGCCUCGGCGUUCAGAAGAUUGGAUAUGUAUUGGAUUCAGGACCACAUACCCAAGUGGCUUGGGUCACAUUUGAAAAGAUCGCAUCUGUGUCGUUCAGACUGUCAUGAAAAGAUCAGAUACAGGUCACAUCGGGGCAAAAAAAAUCGGAAUUGGGUCAUUUCAGCCUGCAGUGGGAACGUAGCCAAAGACAGAAGUGGAAGGUGAAGGAUGCAGGAUGCAGGAAAUGUAUGGGCAGUCUAUUAGUAGGAUGUGUGUAUGGGUCAUAAGUUACUUAUGUAGUGGUGUGUAUACAUAAAAAAAUAAUUUGUCUUGUAAGGGGCCAUUCACACAUAAUGUGUUUUUGUGAUUACAUUUACAUUUGAUCAUUUAGUAGAUGCUUUUAUCCGCAGGGAAGUGGAAUGAAAAAUCAAAGUAUAGUACUUUUUUGUAUAAUGUCAUAUAAUGUGUGAGAUACAAAUGGAAAGGUCAACUGUAUCCAUCUUGCGCGUUUACAUCAAUUCUAUUUUUUUGCAAAUGCAAAAAUGCAUUCUGUAUGAAUUCCCUUGAAACUGUGUCCUAACCAUGAUGAAGCAAAAUCCCAAUUGUUAUAGCUGCACAUUAAAGCUUAAGUGUGUCAUUAACUAUUUACUGAAUUUACUGUUUUUAAACAGGUUUCCCAAAAGCUCCACCUAGAGGCAAAUCGAUAGCCCAGCCCCCAAACACACCCCAUUGGCUGAACCAGUGUUGCUGUUGCUGGGCAGAUUGAGAUGUUCAAACAAACAAAUCAAUGUUUUGAAAACAUCACAGAGCUGCACUUUUUAGUGAACUCAGCCUAUGAAUGUCUUAAUAAUUGUUUUAACAUGACAUAACAUGAAAUAGGUUCUGAUUGGAUCUGUCAUUACACAAGAAUGUCCUUUUCUCUGUGUAGAGACGAAUUAAACAAUGCUGGAAAAGUCAUGUCUGUUUAGGACACGGUCUGUGAGAGGGCAGGGAAAGUACAGUAGGUGAAACUUGGUUUAAGUCCAGUGUCAAUAUUAAAUUAAAUGUAAAAUAAUUAUCUUUUUUUAAAUGUAAAUGUCUUUUAUGUCUUUGCAGAAAAAAAAAAACAGAAUUCUGAAUGUAAAAACAGGAUCAGCUCUUAUCAGCUAAACCACUCACUUUUCAGAGUUGCGUUGCUUGUACUUCUGCAAAAAUGAAAAACAUUCUGAAUUCAUUCAUUUUUGUCAUACAGAUGGAAAGAGGAUGGGCCUCACGUUCAUCAGCUCACGUUCUGUUUCAUGAAUAUGGAAGUGAGAUUUAAACUGCAACACAAGGGGUUUUCCCUUCUUCCAUCUGGACGGUGGUGUUCCGGUGAUAUGUUAAGAGUAGAAUUGCAAAUACUGUCUCCAUGGUUGCACUGGUUUGGUUUGUAACCAUGUUAUUUACAUUUUGCAUGAGUGCAUGCUUUCAUCUCCAGCUAUACAACUUCAUUUCGCUCGAGUUUCGGUGCGAUUUUCAUAUUGUGUUCAAUAUAAAUGACUCAUUUUCAUGUCUAUUCUGAAAUAAGGCCCCAUGCCGCAUCACAUCAAAUGGAAAAGACUUUCAAAAUCUUUUUUUGUUGUUGUUGUUUUCUUUCGGCAGCUACUCUAAUGCAUUCAUUUUACAAUACCACUUUCCUAUGAGGCAAAAGAAAUCGAUUUUCUCCCCCGAUUUCUUUGCUUGCUUUCUUUUUAAUGACUUUGCUGCCAUAUCUCCUCUCAUAUAUCACAUAACCAUUAAAAUGUAGCAAAAUAUCCGGAGGAUUUUAAUAUAGAGACAGGGGUUUAUAUUUGAUUUCCAAAUUCUCAUUUUUCCACCAUGACCCUGUUUGUCUUUCUAUGUUGUUCAUUCUGUCUUGUAAGCCUUCCGCAUGUAGCAUUCAGAAGCAGUCGUUCAUGAUUUUUCUUUCUUGCUUUUUUUUGUUUAAUUUAUCAUCAUAGCACAUGUGAGUUUUAAAUGUGUCAAUAUUUUGUGUACGUAUCCAUGUCAUAAGCUAACAGUUAUGUGUCCUAAUUAAAUAAACCUUGCCUUUGUUAUCUGA